CCUGCUUGCGCCCUUCUCCUCUUCUUGUCUCGCAUCGCCUCCCCGCAGCCAAAAACCCUAGCGCACGCACCUUGCCGGUCCGGCCCCGAGACGCAUUCCGGAAACCUCCGGAACGCCGCAAUGGUUUGGUUUCAGUGCGAGGACUGCGGCGAGAACCUCAAGAAGCCCAAGCUUGCCGGCCACUUCCGCUCAUGCUCCGCCUACAAGCUUUCCUGCAUCGACUGCGGCGCAGUCUUCGGCCAGGACACCGUCCAGACGCACACCCAGUGCAUCUCCGAGGCCGAGAAGUAUGGUCCCAAGGGACUGAACAAGCCAUCCAGCAAUGCACAGGGUAAGCCAGACAAGCCAAAGCCAAAUGCCGAUGUUGAUAUCAAUGUUGGGUUGUCGACACGCCCUCCUUGGUUCUGUAGCCUAUGCAAUACAACUACCACCAGCAAGCAAACUCUCUUGGGGCAUGCUGAUGGCAGGAAACAUAGGGCAAAAGCAAAAGCCUUUCAUGCUUCUCAGAAGCAAGAAAAUGGAGCUGAACAAACUCCAAGCGACAAGGAAACUGGUGGAGCACCAACAACAGCAUCUACAGAACUAAAUGACGGGAAGGGUGCUGACGGUGAAAGAGAUGCUGACAAAGAUGUUGUGAAGAGAAAGAGAACAGAUAGCACAACCUCCGAGGAGCCAGAUAAUGCAAAAAGACAAAUUUUAUCGAACUUGAAGACUGGAGAGGCGAUACAAUCUGAAAAUGGAGAAGCGGAACUCAAAACAAAGAGCAAAAGUGCUGCAGAAGAACUGGUCAUUGGUGCCAAUCAUCAAGAUAUUAAGAAGCAGAAAAUCAAGUGGAAGAAAAUUAUUACGAAGAUACUAGAGACGAAUUUGGAUGGAGCUAUGAAGUUAAAGAAGCUACAAAAGCUAGUUAUCAGGGAAGUUUUAGAAUGUGGUCUGUUGAAAGAUAAGGAGCAGCUGCAUGCUCUGUUGAUGGACAAGAUAGCUUCGAGCUCCAGGUUUUCUGUGGAUGGGAAGAACAUUAGAUUGGUGGCCAAGAAUGAAGAAUCAUAGUCCUCAGACAUUUUCUUGUGCUCUAUUUAAGAUGUUACUAAAAUGUCAGGGAAAAUGAUACAGGCAGUAUUAUUUUUGGGGCUGUCAAUUUUGGAUUUGUUAUGUGCCUGUGUCAUUUGCAGAGAAAACUGUUCCAAGAUACAGGAACUUUGUGUUUGAUUUUUUUUUUUUGGAACAGUGGGACCAAACCGAUUUUGUUGCUCCAGAUGCUGUGAACUUUUUCAGUAUAUUUGGCGUUGCAACUCCUGUGCAAAUUGAAACUAUAUAUGCAAUCAAGAAAUGCGAGCUGCCUGUGUUUUGGUACCGUCA